AUGAUCGGAAAAACCAUCCUCAUUACUUUCUUCGCUGCCUUCGCCGCCGCUGCUGAACUCGGGCAUCUUGUACCAGCUCCAGCUGCCGUUGCCGUUGUCGACGAAGCUCCUUUGCUUCAAGUGAAUCCCGCAAUAGCUCCCGAGCCACGCAUCUUGAGCGACGGCGAACAAAUCCCCAUUUUGCGCAACGAACAAGACAUCCUUCCCGACGGUUCUUACACGUACGCUUACGAAACCGGAAAUGGUAUCCAAGCCAGCGCUCAAGGAACCGUGAAACGCAUCGAAGAUGAAGAUGUCGUUGUUGCCACAGGCGAAUACAGUUACACCGAUCCCGAAGGCAACUUGAUCCGUGUCACUUACAUUGCCGACGAGAAUGGUUUCCAACCACAAGGCGAUCAUUUGCCACAAGCUCCCGAAGUCCCAAUUGCCAUUCAACGUGCCUUGGCUUUCUUGGCAACAGCUGAGCCCUACACCGAGGAACGUUCUGCCAACAAGAAGAAGUAA